UCCAACCACUUGCUUUUCCAGCUGCUUUAAGGUCAGUCAGAAUCUGUGAAACUGUCCGGCGAUCAGUUCCACGGACCCGAGGAAAGGGUGCUGGAAAUCAAGCUAGCCCUGUGUAACAUGUCAUUAUGCUGUUCAGUUCGUCGGCGGGUGAUUAAAAGACAGCUUGAAGGGCUGGAUUUGCUCUUUCUGGAACAAACCGUGGACAUUUGCCCAAGGAAAGGGUUACUUGUUUGGGAGGAAACUCUACCAGUGCGCGCUCUGUUUUGAUAGCAUUGACGGCGGAGUCGUUCGGAACUCGGACUAUGAAUAUUUGCGGCGUUUGGCUUUUGGGAUUUGCAGCCUGAGUAACUUGAACAAUCUCUGGGAUGCACUUGCCGCUAUAGGGCGACCUGGAAAUAGGAAAAGCCCCCAAAAUAAGUCAGUUUACAAACAUUCUCAUAACUGAACUAUUGAUAUUACUACUAUUCACCAUUGAAAAUGUCGAAUCCUCCUGUGAAGUUUAAAAAGGAAAAAGAGAUCAUUACAGAUUACGAGACUCAAGUCAAAGAGAUUCGAGCCCAACUGGUGGAACAGCAGAAAUGUCUGGAGCAGCAGACAGACAUGAGGGUCCAGCUCCUUCAGGACCUCCAGGACUUCUUCCGCAAGAAGUCCGAGAUCGAGAUGGAGUACUCGCGCAACCUGGAGAAGCUCGCCGAGCGCUUCAUGGCCAAGACCAGGAGCACCAAGGACCACCAGCAAUAUAAGAAAGACCAGAAUCUCUUGUCUCCGGUGAACUGCUGGUACCUGUUGCUGAACCAGGUUCGACGGGAGAGCAAAGACCAUGCGACACUGAGCGACAUUUAUCUGAACAACGUCAUCAUGCGCUUUAUGCAGAUUAGUGACGACUCCACACGUCUUAUGAAAAAGAGUAAAGAAAUCACCUUUCAGCUGCAAGAGGAUUUGAUGAAAGUCCUCAAUGAGCUCUACACGGUGAUGAAAACCUACCAUAUGUAUCACACAGAGAGCAUCAGUGCUGAGAGUAAACUGAAAGAGGCAGAGAAGCAGGAGGAAAAGCAGAUUGGACGUGUUGUAGACCCCGUCUUUCACAUUCGACUAGAAGAAAGACACCAGAGACGGAGCUCUGUGAAGAAGAUUGAGAAGAUGAAGGAGAAGAGGCAAGCCAAGUACUCGGAGAACAAGCUGAAGUCGAUCAAAGCUCGGAACGAAUACCUGCUGACGCUCGAAGCCACUAAUGCUUCAAUCUUCAAGUAUUACAUUCACGACUUGUCUGAUUUAAUAGACUGUUGUGAUCUGGGAUAUCAUGCGUCUCUGAACCGAGCUUUGCGGACCUAUCUUUCGGCUGAAUAUAACCUGGAGACGUCUCGUCACGAAGGCCUGGACAUCAUUGAGAACGCAGUGGACAGUCUGGACCCCCGUAGUGACCGCCAGCGUUUUAUGGAAAUGUACCCUACCGCGUUCUGCCCACCCGUCAAAUUUGAGUUCCAACCACAUAUGGGAGAUGAGGUGUGUCAGAUCACGGCCCAGCCUCCCGUGCAGGCAGAACUCCUCCUGAGGUUCCAGCAGCUGCAGUCCCGUCUGGCCACCCUAAAGAUUGAGAACGAAGAGAUCAAGAAGACUUCAGAGGCUACUCUUACUACCAUCCAGGACAUGGUGACCAUCGAGGACUAUGACGUAUCGGAAUGUUUCCAUCAUAGCCGCUCCACUGAAUCGGUCAAGUCCACUGUGUCAGAAACCUACCUCAGCAAGCCGAGCAUCGCCAAGAGACGUGCCAACCAACAGGAGACGGAGCAGUUCUAUUUUAUGAAGUUCCGUGAGUAUCUGGAGGGCAGCAAUCUCAUCACUAAGCUCCAGGCAAAACAUGAUCUACUGAAGAGGACCCUUGGUGAUGGUUACCGGCCUGAAUAUGCGACUACAAGGCCUCCCAGUCUUCCUCCUAAACCGUUUGGCACACAGAGGCCCAGGCCACGCUCUGUAUUUAACGUUAAGCUGUUUAAUGGCAAUUUGGAGUCAUUUGUUAAGGACUCUGGACAAGCAAUACCUCGAGUUGUUGAAAGCUCUAUUCGAUUCAUCAACCUAUAUGGCCUCCAACAUCAAGGAAUAUUCCGAGUGUCUGGAUCUCAAGUUGAAGUCAAUGAUAUCAAGAACUCGUUUGAGAGAGGUAACGAUCCUUUGACAGACGAAGAGAACAACCACGAUAUAAACUCUGUUGCGGGUGUUUUGAAACUCUACUUUCGAGGUUUGGAGAACCCCCUGUUUCCAAAGGAACGAUUCAAUGAUCUCAUCUCCUGUGUCAGAAUUGAGAAUCUAUAUGAGAGAGCGCUGUAUAUUCGAAAGAUCCUUCUGACUUCACCCAGAUCAGUUCUCGUUGUCAUGCGAUAUCUAUUCGCCUUCCUCAACCACUUGUCCCAGUACAGUGAUGAAAACAUGAUGGACCCCUAUAAUCUGGCCAUCUGCUUUGGCCCCACCCUCAUGCCCACUCCAGAAACUCAGGACCAGGUCUCCUGCCAGGCCCAUGUCAAUGAGGUCAUCAAAACCAUCAUCAUCCACCACGAGACCAUCUUUCCUGAUUCAAAGGAGCUUGACGGCCCCCUGUAUGAGAAGUGUAUGGCAGGCGGAGAUUAUUGUGAGAGUCCAUACAGUGAACAUGGAGCCCUUGAAGAGGUUGAUCAUGAUGGAGGAAUUGAGACCCACACCAGUGAGGAUGAGGGGGAGCCCAUUGAAGCCAUCGCAAAAUUUGAUUAUGUGGGGCGCUCUGCACGGGAGCUGUCCUUUAAGAAGGGUGCGUCUCUGCUGCUGUACCAGAGAGCGUCGGAUGACUGGUGGGAGGGCCGACACAAUGGCAUAGACGGCCUAGUGCCUCACCAGUACAUUGUUGUGCAGGAUAUGGAUGACACAUUCUCUGACACACUCAGUCAGAAGGCAGACAGCGAGGCCAGCAGUGGACACGGAGGAGAGGAGAAAUGCUCCACUAGAGACAUUGGAUCUCCAACAGACAACAGAAUACCUGAUACCUACAUCAGCAGCAGGCACAGGAAGAGAAGUGACCCUCCGUCCCGUAGGCCCCCAGCUCGCCCCACUGACGCCCACUGCAUGCUCCACCCAUCUCAGGACCAUCAUGGUAACCAUAGCAGCCUCGGCAGUCACGGCACCGCAGAUUUGGGAUCCCCGGCGAUGGGCCACUACAGUCCGCGGGAGCUGCUGAGAGGAAGGGGACACAUGCCCAUGGACAGCCCCGAGAGACGCAGACGAACCGGCCACGGCAGCCUGACCAACAUCAGCCGGCAUGAGUCCAUAAAAAAGAUGGAGAGCCCUCCCAUCCGAAGGUCCACAUCUUCAGGCCAGUACAAGAGCUUGGAUCCAGAGAGCAUCGCACAGGACAUAGAGGAGACGAUGAACACUGCUCUGAAUGAGCUGAAGGAGCUGGAACGGCAGAGUUCUGCUAAACACGCUCCUGACGUGGUGCUGGACACCCUGGAGCAGAUGAAGAACGCUCCCACACCGGCCAGCUCCACCGAGUCCCUCAGCCAACUGCACGGCCUCCUGCUACGGCCCGCCCCAACGGAGCCCCCCAUGCGCCGCAGCACCAGCUCCUCUAGCGAUACCAUGAGCACCUUCAAACCCGCCGUGGCCCCACGCAUGGGGGUGCAGCUCAAGCCCCCUGCCCUGCGGCCCAAACCCAUGGUGGCGAUACCCAAGACGGGAGCGGCGCAGCAUCCGGCGCCCCCUCCACAGGAUCCACUGGACAAAUCCUGCACCAUGUGAUCAACUGUGGGAGUUGCAUUCAGAGCGACAGUGAGGAAACAAUGUCAAAUUAGGACCUUUGCAGUCAGAGCCAGGUUUUUACUUUUUGCAACAUUUCAUUCGGCGGACUAAAACAAAUAUAGGUAACUAAAGAUACUAGAAAUGGUUGAGUUGUUAGUUUAAAACAGUGUGUGUGUGUGUGUGUGUGUGUGUGUGUAGAAUUCCAACACUAUUUUAGGGUUAUUAAUAAACCAGAAUAACGUCCGUUACUAAGCAUGGUUCAGAGUUACUUAAACAGGCGUUUACUAUUUCAGAGAGUAAGUUACAUUUCCUCUCAUGACCUAUUCAAGCAGACAUUCUUAAAUAUAUUCGAAAGACACCUGCAACUAACAGAAAGAUAUUUAUGUGUAUCCAAAAACUGUUUGCAUGCUUGUCCGACACCUUAUUUUUUCCCGCAAUACUCUGUGUGAAUAGAUUAAGGAGUUCUGAAAAAAGAUAUUAAAGAGAGCAACAAAUCACUACAGCUUCCUAUAUUCUUAGAGUGACUUUUUAAAUAUCAGCAGUUUACAUCCACUAGAAAAACUGUUAAAUGUGAAUUAUACAGAAACUAAGCAGGGUCUUUGGUUUCUCUGUUUACAGCAUAAGGAUUGUGGGAAAUGUGUCUUUACAUCUCAUGAGUGUUUUCUGGUCAGGACUGAUGUGUGGAAUGUUGAGGUUGGAGAUGCACUGCCAUAUAAGGGCAUGUGAUGUCAGAUAUUUUGCCCGGCCUGAUUGGCUGUUGAAUGAUUUUAAGUUGAAUUAGCAAGGCUUUGCUUUGAAUAUUAUAUUUUUGAUAGUAAUAUUUGAAUAUAUGCCCAGGGAGUUUGCGUAAACCACAUCCGCUUACCGUACAUUUUUUUUUUAAGUACUUCACUCAGUUUCUUAUUUGAAAGAAAUAUAUAUUGUGUAUAUAAAUGUACAUCCACUAAACCUUCUUUUUAUUUUUAUUUUGUGGGUCUUUUAUGUACGUUACUUUCUCCCAGGCCAAUUUGGAACAACUUCUCACUAUAAACCAUUUUUUUAAGUAUCUCUCUGCUUAAUUAAAUGUAAUCUGUGAAUAGUAAAGUCUAGCUGCCAAAAAAAGUAAAGUUCUUCAAGUGCUGCUUAGAGUUUGAUGCGGAUAGGCUACAAGAAUCAUUUGCUUAGCUGUAUAAAACCCUUGGCUACCCUAUAAGCAUGAACGAUAAUCCUUUUAGUUGUCUCAUGCAAGUGCUUUUCUAGAAACUUUUAAGGCAAUAUUUCUUCUUGUUUCACCCAACAAGGGAAUGAUGCCAAUAGCCAUGGACUCAGAGACUGUUAAUACAGUACUUUCAGUGGGAUAGUGCUGUUUCUUUUGUGUGCUAGUGGCCCAUUAACCCUUCGUAAUAAUGUCACAUACAGCACCACACCCAAAUGAAGUCAGUCACAUGACGUACCCAAAGACAAUAAAUAUAAAUAUGUAUAGCAUCAGUCACUCCAUUGUCCAUUGUAUUUGCACUCCAAAAUGAAAAAUCUGGGAUUUCGUAUACCGUAUCUGUGCAUCAACAUUCUCAUUAUUAUGACAGUUUGGCAAUAGUUUAGUGUUACUUGUACUGUAUUCACUGAUAAAUAUACAACAGUUUACUCCUAUUUAAGCAGAAUAUGCCAUGAAAUGUGUUUGGAUGAUGUUAAGAAAUUGUCCAUCGCUGAACCAAGGGAGAAACUUUAAGACAAUAAUAAGCAAUGCCUGUUUUUAAACAUGUAAAAGGAACAUACUAAAGCCUUUUGAUUACCGAUUUAUAUUUAGUGAUAUUAAAGACGAUUACAAAGUGUUUUAUUUUAUUAUGAUUUUUUUAAGAGUGUACAUUACGUUGAUAUUUUAGAUCUUAUGUCUCUCAGCUAAGCCUUGAGAAAUGUUCUCCCUGCAAAACUACACACAGUUGCAAAAUCUCUGUAUGUAUUUAAUUGCUGUUUUAUCAGUGUGUUCAUGUACAUCUCUGUACUAUGUACUUGUGUAAGUGCCUUUAAAAACUGUUUUAGAGGAACUUCAUACAAACGUCCUCUGUGCCGUGGCAUUCUUAUUUCAGAUCCAGUAUACCGAGUUGCUAGGGAUUACAGUAAAUAAAUGAUUACUAACAUUGUUCUGUUUAUUAAGUUGUAAGAAUGAUCAAAUAAAAAAAGAUACUGCUUGGCCAUUGUGACAUUGCACUUUUAUGUAAGACUGUAUAUUUGGCAUGUAACAUCCUAACAAGUUGUAGAGCUUUUGGAGGACUGCUCAGUCUUUCUAAUAAAGAACAUAAUAGUUUGGUCAGUUCA